CUCCCGGGCGGGGCGCGCCGCGCGCAGGCGCCACACGCUCGCCGCUGCGCUGCCUGCUCCCGGUUUCCAGACGUCAGCGGCCGUUGGGUCCUAUGUCGCGCCGGGCCCUCCGGAGGCUGAGGGGGGAACAGCGCGGGCAGGAGCCCCUCGGGCCCAGCGCCUUGCAGUUCGUCCUCCGCGAUGACGAGGAAGCGGAAGAAGACGGCCCCAGACGGGAGCCGGCCGGCCGGCGCCCCCGCCCCCCGGGGAAGGAGGGCGUCCGAGUCAACAACCGCUUCGAGCUGAUAGACAUCGAGGACCUGGAGGAGGGCCCCAUGGUGAACGGGGAGAGAGCUGAGUGUCCGCUCGUUACCCCCCCUGUGACAUCGGGCAGCAAGAGGAGGGCUCAGAGCGGAAGUGCGGAGCCUGGGAGCGAUGGAGGGGUUUCUGGCAAGGCCGCACCCCUCGAGCAGUCUAAUGCAAGUGGCAAACUUCGAAAGAAGAAAAAGAAACAGAAAAAUAAGAAAAACUCUGCAGGAGAAAGCUGGGAAAAUGGACUAGAAGAUAUUGAUCGCAUCUUGGAGAGGAUCGAAGACAGCAGUGGCCUGGCCCGGCCUGGCCCGCCGCCCCUAAGCACCAAGAAGCAUAUCCUCUACGUGGAGCACAGACACUUGAAUCCAGACACAGAACUGAAGAGGUAUUUUGGUGCCCGAGCGGUCCUUGGGGAGCAGAGGCCGCGACAGAGACAGCGUGUGUACCCCAAGUGCACGUGGCUGACGACCCCCAAGAGCACCUGGCCCCGGUAUACCAGACCAGGCUUGUCCAUGCGGCUGCUGGAGUCCAAGAAAGGCCUGUCCUCCUUCACGUUUGAGCACAGCGAGGAGUACCAGCACACACAGUACAAGUUCCUGGCUGCCGUGGACUCCAUGGAGCCAAACAACAUCGUGGUGCUGCUCCAGACCAGCCCCUACCACGUGGACUCCCUCCUGCAGCUGAGUGACGCCUGCCGCUUCCAGGAGGACCAGGAGAUGGCCCGAGAUCUCGUGGAGCGAGCCCUGUACAGCAUGGAGUGUGCCCUACACCCGCUCUUCAGCCUCACCAGUGGGACCUGCCGGCUGGACUACCGCAGACCUGAGAACAGGAGCUUCUACCUGGCUCUCUACAAGCAGAUGAGCUUCUUAGAGAAACGAGGCUGCCCGCGCACAGCGCUGGAGUACUGCAAGCUCAUCCUGAGUCUGGAACCCGAGGAAGACCCCCUGUGCAUGCUGCUGCUGGUGGACCACCUGGCCUUGCGGGCUCGCAACUACGAGUACCUCAUCCGCCUCUUCCAGGAGUGGGAGGCACACCGGAACCUCUCCCAGCUCCCCAACUUUGCCUUCUCCGUGCCGUUGGCCUAUUUCCUGCUGAGUCAGCAGUCAGACCUGCCGGAGGAGGAGGUCAGCUCUGCCCGAGACCAGGCGUCUGUCCUCAUCCGCCAGGCUCUCGUCAUGUUCCCCGGAGUGCUCAUGCCGUUGUUGGAGUACUGCAGCGUGCGACCUGACUCUGCUGUGGCCAACCACCGCUUCUUCGGACCUGCGGCUGAGAUAAGCCAGCCUCCUGCGCUGCGCCAGCUGGUGAGCCUGUACCUCGGGCGGUCCCACUUCCUCUGGAAGGAACCGGCCACCAUCAGCUGGCUGGAGGAGAAUGUCCACGCGGUGCUGCAGGCCGUGGAUGCAGGGGACCCUGCUGUGGAGGCGUGUGAGAGCAGGAGGAAAGUGCUCUACCAGCGUGCACCCAGAAAUAUCCACCGCCACGUGGUCCUCUCAGAGAUCAAGGAAGCGGUGGCUGCCCUACCCCCGGACGUGACCACGCAGUCUGUGAUGGGCUUUGACCCUCUGCCUCCCCUGGACACCAUCUACUCCUACGUCAGACCAGAGAGGCUGAGCCCGGUAAGUCACGGGAACACCAUUGCUCUCUUCUUCCGAUCACUGUUGCCGAAUUACACUGCGGAGGGGCACCAAACAGCGAAGAGUGUAGGUGUGGCCUGUUCUCAUGGCCCUAACUGCUGGACCUGCAACCACUCCCCCCACAGUUGAGGCCUCACACAUCCAGUGGGCGCUGGAAGCUGCUCCUGGGAGGGCUGCAGGCUUGUCUGUAGCUCCCCAGUGCUCAUGGUCCUUUAAGUCUCAGGCUGGGUGGGAGGGGAAGGUUGGGGUGGCCAGGGCACUCAACGGCCUCAUUGCAGGAGCCAGAAACUGCAGUCUAAGUGUCCCAGAAGGGGGCUGCUGGCUCAGGCAGGCAGCAGUGGAACCAGGAGUGCCUCCGGUGCCAUCUGUAUGCCUCGGUUUGUGCCCUUUGGGUUUCUCACCAGGCAAGGGCCUGGGAAGCCAAGCCAGUACUUUCCCCACGCCGCCCAAGGAAGGUGUGGGGCUCAGCUGAUCUGGCCACACCUGAUUACUCAGCAGAAACUUGUGUUUCUCCACCCAAACACCUUGAUGUGCGCCUGGUGCCACAGACCUAAGAGAUGGGUAUGUCUGUGCUGAGCAAAGCCAGGUGCUCAAUGCUGCUGCCUCUGUCCAGAACCCU